AUGAAGCCCUCUGCAGUGACAUCGGCGGUCUCGUCGGACAAUCUCGAGAUCCCGCUGAUUGAUUUCUCGUCGUUCCUCACGGCGGCGGAUGAAGCGACGAAGCGGACCACCGCCCAGGCGAUUCUCGACGGGUUUCAGAGAGCGGGGUUUAUCUAUUUGAAGAAUCAUGGGAUUACGCCGCCUGAGAUCAAGGAGGCUUUUUCGGAGUCGGCGAAGUUCUUUAAACGGCCGAAGGCGCAGAAGUUGGAGAUGGGAUGGACGACACCUGAAGCGAAUCGAGGAUAUUCGCAGCCGGGACGAGAGAAGACGACGGAUGCUACGGAUCCGAGCGAGAUUGAGAAGAUUCGGGAGAAGGAGGGUGUGGAUUUGAAGGAAAGUUUUGAGAUAGGAAGGGAAGGAGAGGAGGACCUACCAAACCAAUGGCCGGACAGAUUCGACCAAGAAGGCAAGGUGUUCAAGGAGAAGAUGUUGCAAUUCCACGACCGGGUGAAGCAAUUGCACAUGCAAAUCAUGCGUGCGAUUGCGGUGGGAUUGGGAAUCGAGGAGACGUGGUUCGAUGGGUACACCUCGCGGGGGGACAACACGCUUCGCUUGUUGCAUUACCCGGAGGUGAAGAGCGAGGUGUUUCAGAAGAAUGCCAAUACUGUCCGAGCGGGUGCUCACACAGACUAUGGCAGCAUUACGUGUCUGUUCCAGGAUAUGGCCGGCGGGCUGCAGGUCCUCUCGCCGAACGGGAACUACAUUGACGCGAAGCCGAUUGAGGAUACCAUUGUGGUGAAUGCGGGUGAUUUGUUAGCGCGGUGGUCCAACGACACCAUCAAGAGCACGAAACACCGUGUGGUCGAACCCCCCACGACAGCAAACGUGCAUCCAGCACGCUAUUCGAUUGCAUACUUCUGCAAUCCCAACUUUGAUCGCUUCAUCGAAGCAAUCCCUGGCACCUUUAGUGAAAGCAGACCGAAGAAAUAUCCAGGGAUUAACAGCGGGGACUAUCUCGUACAGCGUUUGGCGGCGACGUACUGA